GCGCUGCUGGCGCACGCCGCCCAGGGCUACGUGUGCAUGCACUACCAGCGCCUGGAGCCGGGCGUCCGCUACGCGAUCCUGUCCCCGGGCUGGCCGGCCAGCUACCAGGCGGGCGAGUCGUGCCAGUGGGUGGCCGAGGCGCCGCCCGAGCAGCGGGUGGCCUUCGAGUGCGAUGAGUUCUACCUGCCGGGGCCCAACUCCAACGAGUCGCUGGCCUGCAGUGACGUGCUGCUCGCGUCCUCCUCCGGCAUGCACAUCAACCUGGACGGCAUGCCGUACAUCGGGAGGGACACGGUGGUGAGCCAGGGCAACGUCCUGAACGUGGAGCUGCGCUCGGCGUACCGGGGCAGCGCCGAGGGCCGCUUCCGCUGCUACGCCCAGGCCACCACGGAGCAGCAGUGGAGCGUCCGCGCUCGGCCCGUCUUCAACAGCACGAGCGAGUCGCAGUUCGAGCGCCAGGCCGUGGCCACCAACCCCGACUACUGCUCGUGCGGCUGGAAGCUGGACGGCCAGGGCUCCUACCUGGCGGGCCGGAUCACCAACGGCAUCGAGGUGCGGCCCAACGAGUACCCCAUGAUGGCGGCGCUGGUGGACGGCGACGCGGUGGUGUGCGGCGCCGUGCUCAUCGCCAGCCGCUUCGCGCUCACCAGCGCGCACUGCCUGCGCGGCCUGCCGCUCGAGAUGGUCGACCUCGUCGUGGGCGAGUUCGACACCACCUUCGAGGUGGAGGGCACGGUGCAGCAGCGCCUCAAGCUGGCCGAGUUCGUGCGCCACCCCUCCUGGUCCAACGACUGGAAGCGCGGCAACAUCGCCAUCGCCAAGACCAAAGAGGAGGUGCGCGUCUCCCUGUUCGCCGGGCCCGCGUGCGUGCCCAACAACAAGUCCGCCGACCAGUUCCUCGUGCCCGGGGAGAACCUCGUCAUUCUCGGGUGGGGCGCCAGCGUGUACGGCGGGCAGACAUCGACCCGGCUGAAGCUGAUGAACGCACCGCUCAUCAACCCCAACGAGUGCAUCAUCAAGUACGGCCAGCUCUACGACGAGCACUUCUGCACCGGCUCCAUCAACUCGCAGUCUGUCUGCACGGGUGACCCCGGCGGGCCGCUGCUGUGGAAGAGCCCCCGGACGCACCGCUACAUGGUGGCCGGGAUCAUCGCCUACGGCGACGGCUGCAGCGGCUCGGCCAUCAUCAACACCAAAGUGUCCAGCUACAUGGACUGGAUCAGGGAAGUCACACAGAAUAACAUCUGCUACAGCAGAUAGGCCUGAAAGUUGCCAGAUUUGGUUCCCACGGGGAACUUUCUUACAGUUUCUUACAAAAGAAAUCGCCCAAUAAAGGACAAUUGCGACCGCAAUUAGGUCACACGGG